AUGGUAUCUAUACAAGAAAAUGACAAACACAUUUGUGGCGGUUCAAUAUUAUCCAAAAAUCGCAUCUUGACAGCUGCUGAAUGUGUUUACGGAAAAGAAUUGACGACAUUAAAUGUGAAGUACGGUUUUCGUGUAGGUAUCGAACCCAAAAUUGCUGAAAUUGAUAAAAUUGCCAGAAGUAACUGUCUUCUUAAAUACUACGACAUUGCUGUGUUAAAAUUAAAAACCAAUAUGACUGAUGAGGAGAACGGCGAAAAGAUCAUCAGGGAGGUAUCAAUUGAAGAACAUAAUGAUGACGAAGCUCGUGUUUUUGGAUGGGGAAAGCAACAAGACAUUUCAGAAAGCAACUUGGAAACGGCUGAUGUGACGCUUGAAAAUUCUUUAUUAACUUCAACUUGUUUCUUAUACUUGAGCAUUCACCAUACACUAGUUGCUCCUUAUGCUUCUUUGAAUCCUGAUACAGUUAUUUGUGGAGCUUCAAAUGCCGAAGGAAUUUGUAAUACGGAUGUAGGAGGACCUGCUAUGACAGAUAAUUAUUUAAGCGCUGUAGCAGUAAGCGGUUCUGAUUUUUGUGGUGGCAGGGCUGUCUAUAUUGCGCCAUAUAAUCAUUAUUUGGAAAAUUUUGUUAAAACUGCAUUACUCGAUUAA